AUGCCGUGCGACAGCAACGUUCAUUCGCAUACAUGGGCACCGCCGGGUAGUGUGAUGGUGGGAUUCUUCACCCCUGACGAGUGCGAGUCGAUCUGCGCAUAUUGCCCCCUUCCACCCGACGGAGGCGAACGAAUGAAGUUCGAGGGACUAAGGGACCACGUCCUUGCAGAGCACUUCCCAUCUGACGCAGACGCGAUGUCCGAGAUUGCCGAGCACAAAGCACUUAGGACCGCGCUGAGAAACUACAAAAAGCCCCAGCAAGCGGUCUCUCCUGUCGCAGACCAACGGCUGGCACGGAUCAGAUUGAAGGUCUAUCACGAAGCGCUCUUUGUUCGUGUGGAUCGACGCGUCGCCCUCCAAGCUCUUGCCACUAGGCAUCUCAGAGAAGCAAUCAAGAGUCAUAGCACUUCAUUCGCUCGCGGCAGCAGCACCCACAAUGCCUUCAUCGAUUCCAUCACUGCCAGUUUCACCACGACUCACGCCCCAGAGAUCUGGUCGAAUUCAAAACAUCACCGUGGGCACUUAGCAAAAGCCAUCCCUCUAUACGACGAUAAGUGGACUAUGUCGAGCAACAUGCGAUUAGAUAUACUCGGUCCCGUUUGCACCAUCGACAAUUCCAUGCCCGCUUCUCGCAAGCGCGAAUGGAACAAGCGCAAUUCUGGUACGACGCUCACGGACGAGGUGAAUUUCCAGAAUUCGUCGUUUGGGAUUGUGAUGAGGCAUUAUUUUGCCGCGCUGUACGAUCUUGUCGUUGGCGGUGGAGACGAAGAGGGCGAGGGCGAGGAGCAAGAGUUGGGAUCAGGAAAGAGCGAGGAAGAGCUGCGGUGGGAAGUGGUCAAGGGGGAUUGA